CCACACGUCGCAUCCAGUUGUGUUUUGUGAUUGUAUUUCGUGAAAAAUGAUGCAAGAAUACGACGAUGACUUCUUUUUUGAGGAGGACAAAAUUGUUUGAUUUUCGUUUGUUGUAAAGACUUUGUUUUGGUGUGUUCUUCGAUAAAUGUGGCAGCCGGAGAACCCAAUUUUCGACUUCCACGACCCCAGGAUGUACCCCCAGUUCCAUUCCCUGUUGGGGCACAACAUGUUCGAGGAUAAGAUUAAAACCGACGGGAAACAAAUCAAAUCCGUUUUAUUGUUACCAGUUGAAGAAAGUGCUUCAAUACCAGUUCCAGAACCGCCCAAAGAUGAAAAUAACAUCGUGGUUGAAGAAGAAGCCAAAGAAAUCACUGAAAAUCCUGAUUGCAUCUUCAAUGAUUUACGCCAAGAGAGAUACAACAUACUACAUCAAGAUCUCAUGGGUAUGACAGUAACAUCGGGUAGUGUGGCGCUAAGCAAAGAUGAGAAGAACCUCAUAGGAAUCAGCAUAGGGGGCGGAGCGCCUUUGUGUCCAUGCCUGUACAUUGUCCAGAUAUUCGACAAUACCCCAGCGUCAAAAGAUGGGACGCUCCAAAGUGGGGAUGAGUUGGUGGGGGUAAAUGGACAAUCUGUCAAAGGAAAGACCAAAGUGGAAGUGGCCAAGAUGAUACAAUCAGCCAAGGACGAAGUAACAAUAAACUACAACAAACUGCACGCGGAUCCGAAACAAGGGAAGUCCCUGGACAUAAUAAUGAAGAAGAUGAAGCAUAGGCUGGUGGAAAAUAUGUCUUCUGGCGCUGCAGACGCAUUGGGACUCUCCCGGGCUAUUCUCUGCAACGAUACUUUGGUGGCCAGGCUGGACGAACUUCGAGACACAGAGACCACAUACAAAAGAUUAGUCGAACAUGCAAAGCGGAUGCUAAAAGCAUACUUCGACCUGCUCCAAACGUACAAGUCUCUGGGCGACAUCUUUGCCGCGAUAGGAGUGAGGGAGCCUCAAGCGCGCGCUUCAGAAGCUUUCAGCAAGUUCGGGCAGUACCAUAGAGAGCUGGAGAGAGAUGGGAUCAAGAUGCUGAAAGCUUUAAAACCUUACUUGUUGAAAGCCUUAAAACCUGGUUUGUGA